UAUUACUAUAAAAUUCAUUUAUGAUGGACGCAUCUAUAAACCUAGGUGGAGCAAGCCUGCAUGGUAGAAUCCCUGGCCAAGAAGUCAAUAAAGAAGAACUCGAAGAAGAACAAAAACGUUCCAAUCCAAAGAUUCGCUACAUUUUUGGGGGAGGAGAAUAUCAAGAAGCCAUACAAAUGAUCGAUCAAAACCUCCUGAAGGAAUGUAUGGCGGUGAAGGAAAGGAUGGAGGAAGCCAGCUUCGAAGGACUACCUGAAGACUUUGAAGAGAGGCAGAAGAGAGUGGAGGAGGUCAAAGAGGUUAUUGAUAGGAAUGAAGUGAUCCUGAAAAAGGAGAUUGAUGUAGUAAUCAACGCUGUGAAAGAGGAGGCCGAGGUUUUGAGUGGCCAUAGAGAUCAGAAUGAUAAGGAAGAGAAUUGUAAAAAUGUGCCAAUCAAGAAAAUAUAAUAGAGAAAGAUCUUGACAAUGUUUCAUCUGAAGUUCAGAAAGAUCUUCAAUCUAUAUCAGAUUCAAUUGCAAGCCUUGAACAAGAUAUAAAUAAGCCGAUAGCAGAUAAGUUUGACUCUGAAGCAUCAGAAUUGCUGACAAGCUCUCCAGAACGAAUGAUCAGUCCUCCAGAUCCUUUGAAAUUAUCCAAAUUUCCAGUUUUAGACUCCAUUAAUGUCCAAACUCACAACGAAUUGAUUUCUGAGCUCCAAAACAUUCGCGAAACCCAGUUGAAAGAGCUUAAAUUUAAUCUUACCAAAGAUCCUAGAAAUUUCAUCGAAAAACUAGAGAGUCAAAAAGAAGAGCUCAAAACUAAUGUUAAUGUCUCGCAAGAGAAUACUAGUGAUUUCAACCAAGAAAAUAAGAAUAAAGAAGGACACUUUGUUUCUAGCGUUUUUAAUAAGUUCAAAUCAAUUUAUACUAAUUUUCUGCAUAAUGACAAUCCGGCUUCCUCUAAGAAUAGUGAAGACCUGAGUUUUGACUUUGAAAAUGAAACAAUAACAGAUCGAUCAGUUGAAGAUACUAGAAAUAACAGAGUAAUGAACAUUAGAAAAGAAAGGAGUCAGAGAACAAGUAAAUCAUUUCUUCAAAAUGAAGAUUUGAAACUAACCCCUCAACGUCAGCAAUGGAGCAAUAGAAAUGAAAAGAAAGAUCAAAGAGCUUUAAUCAAUCCAAAGAGUUAUUCUGUUUCAAGAAAGCAAGAUUCUUGUUCAUCAACGAUCGGCCAACCUCGGAAAUUUAUGUCCAAAGAUAGAUAUCUCACAGAGCCUAGUGAUGCUCAUCCUGGGCCUCUCAAAAUUGAAAAGAGAGAAGUCAUGGAUUCUGAAGCAAAAAGCAAAGACAAAGAUAUGUUAGAGAAAAUUAAUUUCCAAUCUGAGGAAUCUAGAGAUAUCGAUUUUGGUAAAAUUAUUGAGCUCUCCAAAAAAUACUUCAAAGUCAAGAAAGAAAAUGAUCAGAUGUUCCUGGAUAUUAAGAACUUAAAUUCAAAGAUUCACAGAAAAAUAGUGCAAGAUUAUGUCAAACAAAGAGAAGAGUCAAAUGGAUAUGCGUACUUUAUCAUAAACCAAUAUCAAGAGAUACCUCUGACUUCACUUGUUGAAGAAAAGAAGAAAAUAAAUGAUCUGAUGCCAAACCAAAAAGGAAGUUGAAAGAAGUUAUUCAAAUUAUUCACAAAAUUGAAUGCUAAACUACAACAAAUUAAGAUUUUCCUUGCAUUUUGAGAACCAAGAAAUGAAGAAUGGGAACAAUAUUUUAACACAAUUAUUAAUCAAGAAAAAUUAUUCAAGCAAGACAUCCUUAAAAUCAUAACAUUUUGCCGAAAUGUCAUAGAAAUGACUCAAUCCUGUACCACCAAAGGAGAGACCAAAGACCCCCAUUCAGCCCUCUCUUCUUGCACUACCCCUAAAUCCAACACUAUAACUCUAGCCAACAGCCCUAAAUCAUCCCCCAAACCUCCCCAAAUCCCAGCUAAAACCACGCCUAAAAGAAAUCAAAAAGAAGUGGAAAGCCAAAGAUUUAAAUUUAAAGAAGAAAUCAAACAAAAAGAAAUAGAAGAUUCAACCGAUAGAGAAUUAGGUCAACUUAAUAUCGAGGUCCAGAGAAAAGAGAUUGAUGAGGAGAGAUAUAAUAAACUUCUUAAGGAAUAUACUGUGUUAUAUACAAGAGCAAAAAUAUUUAAGCAGCAAUAUGAUGAAGGAAAGUUGAAAUUAAAUAUGCAUAUUGACAAUUGGAAGCAGAUUGCUCAGAAAUCAAUGAAGCAUAUGAAUGAUAGUUUAAAUGUUCAAAAUAGCAAUGAAACUAAGUUAGUUCAGUAUUUAAAAACCAUGAAUAUCGAAACAAAGAAAUAUAACUCUGAGAUACAAAGAUAUCACAAAAAACAAGAAGAACUUAGCUCUCAAAAUUGCGCCUUAAUCCAAUCCCUCAGAGAUAUAAAUAAACACAAACAAUUCAAAGAAAACGUAAAAUCCCUACACAAAGCCCAUUCCACUCUCACCUCCAGAUCCAAUUCCAUCACCAAAACCCUCAGUUCUUUCCUCAACACUAUCUCCACUUCCUACAAAUCUGCCCAGCCAGCUUCUCCUACCUCCUCUCCCAAGAGCAUAUCCACCUACACUUCCCACUCAGAGACUCUGUGAAGAACUAAGGUUAAAUUACUGCUGCUACUGUACAUCAAGCAAGGCCACUUACAAGACCAAACCAAGUGGGAGAGACAGGUCAAAGAGUUACAGAGGAGAAGGAAGCAGCAGGACCAAGAGAGCAUGUACAUGGAAUAUGAAGGAGCAAUCAUUGGGCUGAAGAGAGUCAGAGAAGUAGUAGAUGAGAGUUCAAGUGCAAUGGUAUUACCUGUUGAAGGAAGAUUGAGUUUGAGUUGCUUAGCAGAUGAUUUUAGUAAUGUAUUGGAGAAGGCCGGACAGGAAUUUGAGAAUGCUUGUAAAGUUUAUGCUGAGCAGUAUAAGACAAUGAAAAUGGGAGACGCAGCUGUGUUCCCAGCAGGGAAUUUGAAGUUUGAUAAGAUUAUUGCAGCAUAUUGUCCUGAUUAUGAUAAAGAAUUUGGUGAAAACAAAUCUAUCUAUUUCCUUAACAAAACUAUAAAAAGAGUAUUAUAUCUUUCAUACAUAUAUCAAUUAAAAUCGAUAUUGAUUCCAUCAUUCUGUACUGAGAGAUCAAGAAUACCAACCAAACUGUAUGCAAACACUGUGGUCAAGACUGUUAAAGAUUAUAUCAACGGUCAUAAGAGAAUCAUGAAAGGAAAAAGGAUCACAAUUUGCUAUUCAAGUCAUGAAGAUGAACAAAGAUUUGCAGAUUUAAUUCUUCAAGAACAGCUCCAAUUCCCAUCAGGAUAUUUGGAACAAAAAUAUCCCGUUACUAAAGAGGAAGCUCAAAUUAUUAAAAUGGAGUUAGAACUAGGAAAUAGCCAGAACAAAAUUUCAGAUUUACUCAGAAUCAAAGAUGACAUUAAAGAAGAAAAUGAGAAAUAUAAAAGUUGUAUUGCUUCUUUGGAAGCUGAAAAUAAAGAACUAAAAUCUCACAAAACUCUAUACAAGAGUAAAUUUGAAAAUCCUAAGGAAGAAUCAAAAGAGCUUCCUCGAAAGCCAAAGAUGGUCAGGACUUCAAAGAGUAGAGCCAAAUAUGAAAAUAAGAAUGUGUAUAAGGAAGAGAGAAAGACUUCUAAAGGGCCAAGGAAGCCAAAAACUAUCCCAAAAAAGGGUGUUUAUAAAUUUACAAAGAAGAUAAUCGAGUCAACUACAACAGAAAGUGAGCUGACUAUUUCAAGAGUUGGACCGAAAAAUGAAACUCCAAGUGGAAUAACCGAUAGUAGCCUUUCAUCUGAAUAUGUUGAAGGACACAAUGAAUUAUUAGGCCGCAAAGGAUCUGGCAUUAUUAAAUUCGAAUAAACCCACACUACAAGAAUUAAACAGAGUAGAAUCCCUUUCAGACAAUUCACUCAAAUCUAAAGGAGGUUUCUCAAAGCAAGGCUCUGUAUUAAUUA